CUAAGGACAUUAUUAAGUGGGCUGUUAAUUAAGGCAUAGAAGAAAUAUGGAUCGGUCUGCAUUCGUGUAUGUGGCUAUGGCACUUCUGGCCAGCGUACUAAUGGGAAAUUCCGAUGCAAUGACCAUGGACCAAGUGCGACAAGCGGGGAAAUUGAUGAGGAACAUGUGCCAGCCAAAAUCAGGAGUCAGUAUGGACAUUUUGGAAGCAGCUUCUAACGGCCAGUUUGCCGCUGAUGACAGAAAUCUUAAGUGCUACAUGAAAUGUAUCCUGGGGAAGAUGCAGUCGCUGAAGAACGGAAAGUACAUUCCAGACGCCGCCAUUUCAAUGGCAAAAAGGAUGUUGCCGGACGGUGUUGGUGACAGAACAGGCGCAGCAAUAGACAAGUGCCGCGUUGAAUGGGACAAAUACGAAGACGCUUGUGAUGCUUCCUAUGCUGUGACAGUCUGCACUUAUGAAGCCGAUCCCGAGGUUUUCUUCUUGCCAUGAAUGACGCCAUGGGACAACAAAAUGCAUGAAUUCUAAGAAGCUGUAGUCUUAUUUUAAUAUUCUUUACAUACAUAUUGUCAUAUUUCUAAUAUGCAAUACGUCGCAAUUUACUUACCAAUCACCUUAUGGAGUAUUUUCCGAUUCAGUAUCACAAGUAACUUGUUUGUCAACCUAAUAAAUUGUGUGAUGCGUGAGAUUUAUAAGAUUCUAGAUACUUAUGUCAAUUACAUUUAUUUAUAGCAAGCCCUUCAUACAACGCAAGUAGCAGCUUGAUCCUUCUACUCUGGUGGUAACUUGUGAUCAUUCUUGGUAUAUAAACCGAAGUUUUCAAUUCCUGA